AUGAUAACUCCCUUGCCGAUUCUUUCCGACCACGCUGCGUGGCUAAUAAGCGACUCAGCCAAGCGCAUGAGAACACGAAGCUCUUUUUGCUCGAGUUCCGGCUUGAUCAACAAUCUCCGGAUGGGCGACAGCAAAUCGACAAGACUUCCGCGAAAAGUAUCGAGCAGUGUUCGUUUCCAACAAAACGGCGUGAGCGCUACAAAACCACGCACCCUCGGCAGACGCCAGUAUAAAUGCUCUGCGUAUUUCCAUUCUGCAUUGCAGAUUCCGACCAAAGUUGCGGGAGACCUUGAGGCUAGCGAAACCUUCAAGACAAACUCACAUCCGCUAAUGUCGCUGCCACUGGCCAGCAAAGUCAAAGGGCUUGGCAACGAUGAAGUCAAGAAUAAAGAGUGUAAAAAGCUUGAUCCGCAUGAAGGAAACUUCACCAAUGCUGAGAACCAAUAUUACAAAGUUCGUGCAAAAUCUACUACGCUGUUUAUAGGCUGCCAGUAUGAAGCUCUAACUGAUAUCACGAUACUCGAAGUAAGGUAG